UUCUGGCUUCCUAGCCUGGUACGGCGUCCGCCACCAUGUCCCUGGCGGCCUCAGCGGGCCGGGGCCCGGGGACCAUGUGGUCCCCUACCCACGUGCAGGUGACGGUGCUCCAGGCGCGGGGCUUGCGAGCCAAAGGUCCCGGGGGCACGAGCGACGCGUACGCGGUGAUCCAGGUGGGCAAGGAGAAGUACGCCACGUCGGUGUCGGAGCGCAGCCUGGGCGCGCCCGUGUGGCGCGAGGAAGCCACCUUCGAGCUGCCGCCGCUGCUGUCCUCCGGGGCCGCGCCCGCCGCCGCCGCCACCCUGCAGCUCACCGUCCUGCACCGCGCGCUGCUCGGUCUCGAUAAGUUCCUGGGCCGCGCCGAGGUGGACCUGCGGGAGCUGCACCGGGACCAGGGCCGCAGGAAGAAGCAAUGGUACACCUUGAAGUCCAAACCCGGAAAGAAGGACAAAGAGCGAGGGGAAAUCGAGGUCGACAUCCAGUUUAUGAGAAACAACAUGACGGCCAGCAUGUUUGACCUCUCCAUGAAAGACAAGUCCCGGAAUCCCUUUGGAAAACUGAAGGACAAGAUCAAAGGGAAGAAUAAGGACAGUGCCUCAGAUACCGCCUCGGCCAUCGUCCCCAGCACGACACCCUCGGUCGACAGUGACGAUGAGUCCUUCUCAAAAGACAAGAAAAAGAAGUCAAAGAUCAAGACUUUGUUUUCCAAGUCGAGUCUGCAGAAGACACCACUCUCCCAGUCCAUGUCCGUCCUGCCCACUUCCAAGUCAGACAAAGUCUUGCUGCGGGCUGGGGACUUCCAGUCCCGGUGGGACGAUGAUGACCAUGAGGAUGAGUCCUCCUCUGCCUCGGAUGUCAUGUCUCACAAGCGAACAUCCAGUACAGACCACACACAACCGAACCAGUCCAACUUCAGCCUUCCCAAGAAAGAAGGGCUCUCCUUCCUCGGGGGCCUCCGGUCCAAGAACGACUCUCUUUCCCGCUCUACCGUCUGUAUCAACGGGAACCACGUUUACAUGGAGCAGCCGGAGGCCAGGAGUGAGAUCAGAGAGAGCAGCAGCCCUUCUAAUUCCCCAUCCCCACAGGGCUUCAGGAAAAGGCACCUGUUCUCGUCCACUGAAAACCUGGCCACCCGGUCUCCCAAGGAACCAGGGGAAGGAGGCGGCACGUCCUCUGACAGGCGACUCUCUGACUCGCUCACCAAGGACUCCAUGAAGUCCAUGUCUUUGCCAUCCUACCGGCCUCUGACCGGUGGGGACAGUAGGGAGAGUGUGUCUCCAGCAAAUGUGGAGGCUGCCAGAGAGACAAAAGACAGCAGGAAGCAGGAGAGCAAGAAGUCCUCUUUGCUUUCCCUGGUGACGGGAAAGAGAGAGGCCGCUAAAGGCAGUGAAGGUGGACCUCUUCCCGCUGUCUCAGAGAAAGAGAAGGAAAGGAAAGGCGCGCUCGCGGAAGCCCAGCUGCAGGAGGAAGACCUCGUGAGGAGGCCUGAGAAAGAUGCUCUACCUGUUGCCUCCCAGUGGGGCAGCUCCUUGAACCCCUUCGAGGACGUGCAGAUCUCGGACCCGGAAGCCAGCACGGCGUCCAAGUCUGAACAGAAGCCGCCAGUUCCUGCUGCGAGGGCUCCCCAGACCAAAGCGGUGAAGCCUAGACUGGAAGUUUCUCCAGAGGCUCAGCCCAGAGCCAGGCUUCCUUCCCCCGACUCUGCUCUCUUUGCCCCUUUCCCCUCUGACUCUGCUCAGGUUCCUAUCCUUUCAGACUUGAGAUGUGACUCAGAGACACAGUUCUCUGAAAGUCCCUCUGCCUCCUCUUUCUCAUCCCCCUUAGCAGCUCCCAUCUCCACAUCCACGCCAAUCGAACCCUGGCCCACAGGCAAGGGUGAGGCCGGCGCCGAAGAGCCUUCUUUGCUCCUCAGAACAGUCCCUGGUUUAAUACCAGCUGCAAACACUGGUUCUUCUGCCUCGGGAUCACCUUGUGAACAACUCCCUACACCUGUGAGGAAGGGGACAGAAGAGGCUUCAGGGGACACAGGGAAGGAAGCCGGCUGUGAUGAAUCGGGAAAGACCCUCAUGACAGCGCCUGGGUCUUCCGUGGAUAGUGUUCACGAUGGUGGAAUGACUACUGCAGUGGAAGAAGCAACACCCCCUCUUCGAGAGGAAGAGGCGGCCUCCUCAUUUCACCGCAUAGCGCAGAACCAUGAGGGGCUGCCUCAGAAUGCCAGCGGAGGGGAGAGGAAGGUCAAGAAGCGAGUGUCUUUUUCUGAACAGCUUUUUGUGGAAGAAGAAACAGAAGGACCCAGUAGGCUUGAGGAGGAGGACAAAGGUCAUCCCCAGCAGCUGACACAGGAAGGGCCUGUUGCUGGAAGCAUACCCCGUGCGGGAUCUCCAGAGUCUCCCCACACAGAAGGCAUAGGACAGGAACCUGUAACCGCAGAAGCUCAGCCCGCCAUCUCUUCGGAAAGCGAGAGUUUCCCAGAAGGCCCCACAAGUGAAGCCAGCCCAGAAAGAGGUACCCAGCCUUUGAUGUAUGAGGAGAAGGAUGACCUCAUGGCUCCCUGUCAGAGUAAAGCCAGCGAUCAUGAAGGCCUGCUCUCUAACCCCCUGAGUGACCUUCCGUCCGCCUCGGAUGUGAAAUCUCCUAUCAUGGCCGAUCUGAGCUUGUCUCUUCCGUCCAUUCCUGAAGUGGCAUCGGAUGAUGAAAGAGUCGAUGAGGCUGGAGAUGGAGGCAGGACAGAGAAGCUGGUUGAUCUAGAAGCAGGAGUUUCAUCCUGGAACGUGUCACCUUCCAUUCUGGAGACGGCAGGAGGGUCUAGUGGCAGGGCACGUGAAUCAGUGCCCACGGAGAAUCAGUGUGACUUCAGGCCCCAGACUCCCUCAAGUGUGAAUGAAGAGCUACCAGGCCCUGGUACUGUCGAGGAAGAGAACCUGAUGGGAAGUGAGAAGCCAGGUUCACCUCUGUGCAUACCCCAGGACUCUCCUGUGCCCAGCCCCUCACUCGCUGAGACCUUACCCGCCGCACACUCUUUCCUCAGUUCUCCGUCUUCCCACGCUCACCACACCAGUGUAGCAGAAUCUCAAAAACAAGUGACAGCAGACGUCUCCACUAGUAAAGUUGAUCAUUUUGGCAAGAAGAAGCCACUUCUACAAGCCUGGGUCACACCCUCAGAGAUACAUCCAGUCCCAGCUCAGCCAAGUGUGGGAGCUGGGGCAGCCAAGCACAGGCCUCACCCCGUGAAGCCCAUGAACACAACAGCCACUAAGAUUGCAAACUCUAGUUUGGGAACCGCCACCAUCAUCAGCGAGAACCUGAUCAACGAGGCCCUCAUGAAGAAAUACCAGCCCUCGGAUCCCGCCUUUGCCUACGCACAGCUGACCCACGAUGAGCUGAUCCAGCUGGUCCUCAAACAGAAGGAGACCAUCAGUAAGAAGGAGUUUCAGGUGCGGGAGCUGGAGGACUACAUCGACAACCUGCUAGUGAGAGUCAUGGAGGAGACCCCCAACAUCCUCCGAGUGCCAGCGCAGAUGGGCAAGAAGGCAGGAAAGAUGUGAACGGCGGGAAGGAGGCGUGGUCUGAAGGAGGCGUGGUCUGCCUAGUAACCCGCACACUGGCCUGCCAUGUGCAUCGUCUCUCAAGAGUUAAUUCUCCUAGUUGAAACCAGAUUAAUGAUUACAACGAAUCUUUUACUAUACAUUUCCCAGCGUUUUGUUUUUCAAUGCCACUGUGCCUUUGCCUACAUUGUAAAUAUCAGAUUUGAUCCGAUGUAUUUUAAGGCUGGGGUUGUUGCCCUUUGAUGCUGAGAUCUUCAGGUAUGGAUCCUCCGUGAAGGCAGGCUCAGGGUGAGAUGAGAAAGGGACACGUACGGUGUUGUUUCACCCGCUCUCUUGGCCUUUGAGCAGCUCGGGUGAGGCACAUGCUCAGUUUUUAAUUCGGGUGAACGCCGAGGACUCAAGGGUUUUGUUGAGGGUUGGUUUGGGAGGCAUAGUUCUGUUUUCAAGGUGGGGUGUUAUGUAGCCUUGGCUGCUCUUGAACUCACUGUGUACUGAGACUGGCCUUAGAUUUCUGAUCUUUCUGCCCCCACUUGCCAAGUGCUGGGAUUACAGCCGUGUUUGAUGCCUUCUGGUCGGAGCACGGUUGUUUACAUAAAACCUCAGAGCAUGCUUCUUAGGUUUUGAAUAUGCCUUUUACAAUUGCCACUACCCUCUGGCCUUAAAAAUAUGCUCUUCGUGGGUGUGUGUCGGGGGUGGGGGGUAUAGCUCAGUGGGUAAGGUGCUUGCACACAAGCCUGAGGAUCGCGUUUGGAUUCUUGGCAUCCAUGCUAAAGCCAGGCGGAGUGGCAUGUGCCUGGGUAGGGGCUCGGCUGGGGGAGGGCAGAGCCAGGCAGAUCUCAGGGGCUCACUGGAAACUCAGGUUCAGCGAGGGACCGUCUUAAACAAUAAAAUGAAAAGCUACCAUAGACCCCUGCCCUUCAUGUGAUCUCACACACACACACACACACACACACACAUACACACACAUACACACACACACACACACUGUCUUUAGAUCUAUAGGGCCAUUUCCUGGAGACAUGAAAGAACUAAAGAGUCACUUUUCAGGCUGGAGCGAUGGUCUAGUGGUUAAGAGCACCGGCUGUUCUUCCAGAGGACCUGGUUCAAUUCCCAGCAACCACAUGGUGGCUCACAACUGUCUGUAAUUCCUGUUCAAGGGAAUCUGACCGUGUCACACAGACAUCCAUGCAGACAAAAUAUCAAUACACGUAACAUGAAAUGUAAAAGGAAAGAAAGAGAGUCAGUCUCGACUUAAGCAGGGAAAGUUGGUCAGAGUCUCCCCUCUCAGGAUUCCGGGGUUCCCAUCGCCCCGUUGGCCUUUCCUUGUGGGAGAGAGGACUGAGUGUUCCGCAGUCUUUCUACAACAGCUCUGUGAGGUAGAGGAUGAUUUUAGGAACGGGCCUUUGACCGCUUCCUUCCAUUGGCUUUUCUCAAUGGCUUUUCCUGGAAGGGAGUAGACAGUCCACUGAUUCCUCAAGAUGAUGGAGCCUCCGGCGAGGGCUGGGUAAGUGCUCAGGGGUGGAUCACCCCAGCCACACAUCAGCAGUAAAGAACAGUUGUGAAGAGCUACAGGAUGGCAUUUGCUUCUUUACUGCUACUUCCUGAUCUGGGGAGUUUUGUUGCUGCUAUUUUGAGACAGGAUCUCAUUGGCUUCAAACUUUUCACACAUACACACCCGUCCCCCGCCUCAGUUUUCCAAAUUUCCAAAUACUGGAAUUACAGGUAUGUGUCACCAUGCCUGGUAGAUCAGUAUAUUUUUUUUAAAAAUGUAUACACACACACACACACACACAUAUAUAUGCACACCUUAAUAUGUACACACACACAGCUGCUUUUCCACUAAUAGAGGGAAUUCUAUUAUUCCAUUGCUGGUCACCUCAUUCUGGAAUUAAAAUGUUUCAUGAUGUUCUUUGGGUUUUUUUUUUUUUUUCUUCCUGGUAGUAAUAAAAAAACUCAUCAAAUCUUAACAUCUCUGCUCAGCGAAUCAUAGGCCAGUGACAUGGAUAGGGUGGGGUAGUGGUGGUUCUCAAUGAAGAAUCUGUGUGUGUUCUUAUCACCCUGAAGGUGAGGAACAUUGGUUAUACUGCAGCACUUUAAUCUGAAGGGCAAGACUGUAACUUGAUUUACCUAACAAGCUGUUGAUGAUCCACACGUAUUUUUAUUUAAUCUCCCCUACAGUACUGGGGACCACUGCAAAUUUCUUGAGAUGAUUUUUUUUUUUUUUUUAGUGUUGUGAAAUUCAUUAAUAUGCCUAUAAAGAAACGGUAUCCACUUGAACUUUGGAAAUGUACAUGUAUAUUUCUGUUCUGCAUCAUGGGGUUUUAGUUUGGUUUAUUUUUGUUUUUUUGUUUUUGUUUUUUUAACUUGAUAUAAAUGCAUUUUUACUGUAAUAACCUAAGUGCACUGGGGCAAUGCUCAGAAGAGCCAGCCUGGGGAGCUGGCCUUAUGUAUGAAGAGUCUGGAGGUCUCUGCUGCUACUCAGACCUUUGGUAUGUAACGGAGUCAGCUUUAGAGAGGACCGUCUAGGUGGAGUGAAUUCCUGUGCUAUGAAAUGCCACUUAGGGACUCUGGAGAAUGAAGGACUGUUUACUUCGGGGGUUUUGCUGGUUUCUGCCAGUGCUGGGAAACACUGCCUUUCUGACCUGGCUGUACCUCACAAGGUACUAGAGACCCCACCUACUUAAUAACUGUUCUUGCCUAUCCGGUCGGAGACUAAGGGACCAUACCAAGGAAAGCUGAGCCUGCCUUGAGCCACUGGCAGAGGCUGGUGACAGGGAGAGCCCUGGAGCUACUGAGGUUGGCCUCUGCCUUGUGCUUGUAGCUUCCAGUGAUGCCAACAUGAGGUGCCCUGGAGGGGCCUACACU